AUAAAAGUUGUGUCACAUAGUCAAUAAGUGCGAUUUAUAGAUAACGGCCAAGAUGUAUGCCAUUUCUAUCCUAUUGGUGUUAUUUUUACCAGCAAAGGGUUUUAACGUUUCAACAAGAAGACCUCCUAGCAUUUACUUGCAACCAGAGGAAAAUGUUUAUUACAAACAGGGAGAGUCCGUGCAAUUACCCUGCAAGGCAGACGGAGACCCAAGACCAACGUACAGGUGGAAGAAAAAUGGAAUUCAUCUUAAUUUCGGCAACAUUGGUGUACGAUUCAUUCAACUGCCGAAUGAGGGCACUUUAGUCAUUAAUGCCCCAGAAGCCAAAGACGAGGGCAUUUACCAAUGCAUUGCAGACAACGACUAUGGAACAUCAGUGUCAACUAAAAUCAACUUUAGGAUGGGUAAACUUGAUGACUUUAUGGCGGCUUUCCCUGUAACUCACACCCCUCGCCUGGGAGAAUCCGUCGUACUGAAUUGUAUUCCUCCCCCAAGCUACCCUCCUGCAUCAGUACAGUGGGUUCUCGUUACACCUGAGGGUCAUGUUGAACCUGUUAAUUACGACAAUAGAAUAUUGAUGGAUUUGGAUGGUCGUUUGUACAUAACCAAUAUCCAGGAGCAGGACAAACAAGGGGAUAAGGCCUACGUAUGCAUGGCCACCAACUACUUCAUGAGGCGUAACACUUAUGAUAAAGCAAAUUUCAUUAUUCCAAGCGGAAGUACGCCUGUUAAUAGACCUGUUGGAUAUUUUUGGACCUCACCCUCAGAGCAAGUUGGUAUUAUAGGGGAAACCUUAAAACUCAAGUGCAUCUUCAGUGGAAAUCCCACCCCUGAAGUGGUUUGGUUGAAAAAUAAUGCAACUCUCCCGGACACUUAUGAGGUUUCUCACGGAGGCCAUGAGCUGACAAUAGCAAACCUGACAAAGGAUGACGCCGGCCAAUACGAGUGCAUAGGAACAAACUCACUGGGACACCAAAUAUUCAGAAGUUUUAGAAGUUUUGUUGUCAGAGUGGAAUCCAAGCCGGACUGGGAGGAGGAGCCAAAAGACGUGGAAACAAGUGCUGGAACAUCCGCCACUUUUAUCUGUAAGGCCAAUGGUUUCCCUGAACCUAAUAUAGCGUGGUUUAUCAACGGAAUCAAACUGGAAGAAUCUACCGUUCCUAUAAUUCAAAGUGGACGCUUUAUAAAACCUGAUGCUUACAACAUAACCUUCGUGCAACUGAACAAUCACGACAGUCUGGUGCUUCAGUGUAACGCCUCCAACGUCCACGGUUAUCUGUUUGCUGAUGUUUAUCUCAGCGUUCUUGAGAAUCGUCUCGGACCAAUGAUAGUUGGCUAUACUGAAAUGACGCUGCAUACUAAGUAGUCAAUGUAACUUUAUUUUUAUUUGCUUAUGAUAUGUUACAGACGGCAAAAGCAAAAUAACUUUUACGUUAUAAAGCACAUAGUAACGAUGAUAUAUCAUUUGAUUUUUUUUUUAAAUUAUUGUGUGAUAGUUUUUGCUGCAUGUCAAAAUCUGUUCAAAUUUAUUUUUUUAAAUAUCAAAAAACUGAAAUGUUGAAUUUAAUUUAUCAAUUGUUCAUGAAAUUAUAAUAUCACCAUAUAGAAAUGCCAUUAUUAUACUUGAUAAAGCCUUCAUAUUUGGUCAAAAUUGAUUCUGGAAAAGACCAGUUGACCCUCAAAAUGAAUUGGGUUUAUACGACAAUUAAUAUAUAAACAUGCUAUGUCAUAUGAAUAACAUUACUACAUUACUUAGAUUUAGAACAAGCCAUCAUAAACUGCCAAUUGAGACAGGCAGAUGAAACAAUAUACCUAGAAAUCAACGAUUUUGUAAUUUAUGUAAAAAUAACAUUGGUGAUUAAUAUCACUAUAUUAU